ACACACACUUCCUCAGCAGCGGCAGCAUCAUCAGCAGCAGCCUCUCCUCAGAGAUGGAGAGCUGGUAGAAGAAGCGCAGCAGCAGCGUCGCUCCGGUGGAUGUUGGAUGUACCAUGAGGUCUCCGCGGCUCUGGGCAGCUCUGUGCCUCCUCCUCACCGCCUCGUGCCGGCUCUGCGCGGCCGCCCGACACGGUUGUUUGUUUGAAAAGAAGCUCUGUCCGAGAGAUCAGCUGUGCAACGAUGAUGGUUUGUUCGGUCAGUGCCAGGCCCCCCACCAGGAACCCGUCCAGUACCAGGUGUCUGUCCCCGUCCUGCACAAACUGCAGGAAGUCCUCAAAGACCUCAUGGUGCAAGGUCUGACCUGGAAGGACGACAUCACCCAGGCGAUCAUCGGCCGAGAGUUGAGUCACAUCCCCACGGUCAGCUCGGCCUCGAACCUUCGUGAGAAGUCGCCGAAACAGUUGUCGAGACUGUCGGGCCCCAGUCAGCAGAGGGUUCCGGGGCCCGAGGAUCCAGCUGACCCCGAGAUGAUGCAGCAGUACGUAGACUACAUGAUCCUCGACCCCUCCAGGUCCUCCGUCCACAUGCAGACGCCCCUGCUGGACCCUUACACCUACCGCCAGCAGCAGUAUGGCUACCAGGAGGAAGAAGAGCGCUCCCUCAACUCUCUGGACGAUAACCAAGCCUUCCCGCUCCUCGGCUCCCCCUCUCGCUCCGGAUCCCGAGGAACCCCUCUGGACAGAGACCGGCAGCUCCUCCAGGACCUGGUGUCCUUUUACCUCACCUCUCCUUCUUCCUCUUCUUCCUCUUCCUCCUCUUCCUCUCCUGUGCAGUCCCUCUCACGCCACAGAGGGGCAGUAGCAGCAGCAGCAGCAGCAGCAGGAUUUCCCUCCUCGUCAUCCUCCUCGUCCUCGUCCUCCUCCUUUUUCCCAGAGCUGGACUUCCCGCUGGAUUACGGCGAGGACUACGUUUCCCAGGUAGCUCAGCUCAGCAAGCAGCAGCAGCAGCAGCAGCAGCAGCAGCAGGAGCAGGCGGAGAAGAAGGCGCAGGAGGAGUACGACGCCCUGUCAGGACUGGACGAGCGCUCUCUGCAGAGGCUGGCUCUGCUGCUCGACCACUACGGCCUCGACAUGAAGGAUUUGUCCCCCGAGCAGAGAGACAACCUGCCGGCGGCUCUGAAGCAGCUGCAGAUGGAGAGCUCUUACGCCCACAAACAAACCAAAGAUAAAUAUGGGAACGACGCUGCGGCAGGAAAGAAGGUCUCAGAGGGUUCAAUGGCGUACAAGAUGGCCGCCAUUGAGGCUCCGCCCUCCACCAACAAACCACCCAAACCAGAAGCAGCUCAGAAGGAUCUGACUCCCGCUGCGGCAGCCAAAGAUGAACCAGCGACCAAAGCUGAGGAGUUCGGCUACAUCGUCACCAAUCAGAGCCCCCUCAGUCUGAACGACGGGGUGCGUCUGUUGGAGGUGCUGUCAGAGAGGGCGGGCCUCUCCACCGGCUCCGUCAUCAACAUCAGCGUCGUGGGACCUUCCAUCACCUUCAGGAUCAGACCCAACAGCAAGAACCUGACGGCUGGAGAGGUGGCGGAGAAAGCUGUUGCAGAGAAGAACUUCCUGGAGGCAGAGACGGGUCUGAAGGUGCUGCAGAGCGGCGUCGGAGAGAGGAAUGAUGGGAAGGCGUUGCCCCUGGCGACCCGAGUCCAGCCCAGUGGCUCCCGCUGGGUGUUCGCCACGCUGGUGGCCAUGGCCUGCAUUGGCAGCAUCCUGGUGGCAGCCAUGACCAUCGCCUGCCUGCGUCACCACGCCCACCGACUGGCAGCAAAGAAGCUGGGUCUGGGACCAGAGGGGGGCACCUUCACCCACCAGGAGUAUCAGGACCUGUGUCGCCAGCACAUGGCCUCUAAAGGCCCCUUCGGACGCCUGGAAGCUGCUGCCCUCGGCGCCGUGGGAGGAGCAAGCGGAGGAGUAGGUGCUGGAGUGGGAGGAGCAGGCGGUGCUGGUGUCGGAGGUGGUGGAGCAGGAGCAGCAGGAGGCGGAGGCGCCGACUCCAGGGUGAGCAGCGUGUCAUCUCAGUUCAGCGACGGAGCCCAGCCCAGUCCAAGCUCCCACAGCAGCACGCCGUCAUGGUGCGAGGAGCCAGCCCAGGCCAACAUGGACAUCUCCACCGGUCACAUGAUCCUGGCCUACAUGGAGGACCACCUGAGGAACAAGGACCGUCUGAUGAAAGAGUGGGAGGCUCUGUGUUCCUACCAGGCCGAGCCCAGCGCCGUCUCUGUGGCUCAGAGCGACGCCAACACCAAGAAGAACCGCUGCCCCGACUCUGUGCCCUACGGCUCGUGGUCGAGUCCGAACCAGGAGGACGAGCGCAGGGAACGGCCCGACUGUGACGGACAGCCGGGGGAGGAGUCGAGGGAAGGUCGUCUCGCAGUCUCAGCGUGA